GUCGUUUACCAGUUACGAGAAGUUUCAAAUGAAUUUAAAAAUUUUUUUAUUUCAUUUGGGUACUUUACAAAAUGUGAGCGUGUCGUUCGAAAAAAGUUGCAAUUUAAAAAAAAAUGACGUUAAUCUAAUUUUUUUACAUUCGAGUAAAUAGAAUGACUGACAAUGAACUCGUAAAAUAAAUGGAAAUGGAUAAACAUCCAUCCAGCAGCGGCGAUCUACCGCUCGCUCAUUCGGUCGGUGUAAUCCGCGCACAACCAUCCCGUAUAUACCUAUCACGCGCGCUUGCUUUUCACAUUAAACAUUUUCCUUGAGAACGGAACAAUGCAUGGAACUCCCGUAUUUGACAAUCGUGCGUAAUUUGCAGCGGUGUUACUAUUAAAUGAGCAUGGAGCAGGUGAAAAUCCAGUCAUCCCGAUUAUUUGUGACGUCUGCUGUCGAAAAUAAAGACGAUAUAGAGGAGAAAUUUGAACGAAGUUACCAGUACGUUCAGAAUUUAAUCGCGGGAUUGAGUGACAAAGAUGCACACGACGUUCUCAAUAACGCACUUUUAAAAGAAAAGGGACACGAAGAAGUUUCUCUCGGACUUUUAGUUGCAAUUUUAACCGAACCGAAUAACGCGGUCAAGUGCUAUAGGGACCUUACGCUGAUAACGCGCGACGGUCUCGGAUUAGUUUUAACGCACUUGUCUCAGCUUGUGCUCGACAGGUAUUUGCGAUUUAACGAUGUCGCCAAAUCGCAGUUGCUGUGGCUCGUGCGUGAGUUGAUCAAAAAUUCUGUUUCGAACGUGGACAAUUUGUGCUGGAAUUUAAUGCGGCACGCCGCCGGAGGUGACGUUUCCCCGAAGAACAUAGCGCUUAUCGAUUCGUUACUAGACGUCUAUAUCGAGUACAAAAGUUGGUUGGAUAAGUUUCCAGUUUUGUUAGCGUCGGUGGUUUACACAUACUUGCGGCUACUCGAGGAUCACAAUGGCACAUUCCUUGCGAACUUACGACAGAAGGAAGUCAAUUUUCUUAUAGGCAUAUUACGCGAGAAGUUCUUCGAGUGUAUGGUUAUCGGUAGAGAUUUAGUUCGGCUAUUGCAAAACGUCGCGCGGAUCCCCGAAUUUGAACAGUUGUGGAAAGACAUGCUGUUGUCGCCUAAGACUUUGUGCCCUUCUUUUAAUGGAAUUCUGCAGCUUCUGCAGACGAGGACUUCGCGAAGAUUUCUCCAGUCGAGGUUGACUCCGGAAAUGGAGAGGAAGUUGGUGUUUCUAACAUCUCAAGUUCGAUUUGGAAAUCACAAACGAUAUCAGGAGUGGUUUCAAAGGCAAUACUUAUCGACACCGGAAUCGCAAAGCUUAAGAUGUGAUAUGAUUAGGUUUAUUGUCGGUGUAAUCCAUCCGACAAACGAACUGCUAUGUUCGGAUAUUAUUCCACGUUGGGCCGUUAUCGGUUGGUUAUUGGCCACCUGCACGUCUCCUGUCGCUAUUCCGAACGCGAAACUAGCCUUAUUUUACGACUGGUUGUUUUACGAAAGUGAUAAAGACAAUAUUAUGAAUAUAGAGCCCGCUAUUUUAGUAAUGCAUCACUCGAUGCGAUCGCAUCCCGCAAUUUCGGCGACAUUACUAGACUUCUUAUGUAGGAUUAUAACGAAUUUUUAUCCACCUUUAAGCGAUAAGGUCCGGUCGGGGAUUUACUCAUCGUUACGACAAAUUUUAGAUAAGCGCGUUUUACCGUCACUUUUACCUUUAUUUGACAAUGCGAAAUUAGAUCGUGAGCUACGCGUAAUGGUUCGAGACACCUUUAAGGAAUUUUGCAAUUCGCCACCUAUGGAAUCGUCUUCAAAAAUCGACGACAAACUGGAGGACGGGCGGCUCAACAACACCAUCAAUAACCACAUUCUAGAUUCGGAACCCGCCUUUAGCGACGAAGAGGAGGAUAUUAGUAUUACAAUUCAUACGCCCGAAGAUGAUACAGACGACGAUGAUAUUCCACUAGCCAAAGUCAGGUUAAAAGAGAAGAGUGAAAAAUCGGAGGAAUUGCUUUUGGAGGGACCGUUUAAAGCAUGCAUAUCUCGAAUUCAGACUGAGAAGGACAAAGAGAAAAGGUGCGAAGCUAUGGAGAACUUGAUCGAGCAUAUUCUCGACCUGGACAUCGAUUCGGACGUGUUUCCCAGCCUAACCAAAUGCCUCUGCAAUGCGAUUCAGGGUGACGUUAAGGCCGAAAUAUUUCCGGAAGUGGUAAACGAGGAGACGUUGUUAGAAAGUGUUAAAUUGCCAAUUUUUGUUUUGUACAGAACUUUAUAUAAAUUAUGUAAACACGAUAAUACGGGUAAACAGAUACUCUUAAAGUUAAUCUCGGAGUUGUACGGGGUGUUACCAAAUUUAGGAUAUUUGUUGUUGUACUUUUUAAAAGUGCAGUUAAGGACGGAACAGUCGAAGGAAGAUCAAUCUAAAAAUAACUCGUUAAAAAUUAGUGUUUAUAAAGAGUUUUGUCACUGUGUAGAAAAGAAAUUGGAUGUUUGUUUGUACGACGAUUUGAACACAUGCCAUUUAACGGAUCAUAAAUUAAUGAUGUGGUUAGUGCCUGAUUUGUACAAGGAUUUUAAACAACAAACCGUAAACAAUGCUCAAAUAUUACAAGUAAUAGUAUCGGUGAUAGACGCAAAGCAACUCCAAGUAUUACUCUUCCUUAUCUUGCAAGGAAAUCUUAAUAUGUUCAAAACGGACAAUUUACAGUCUCUUUUGAAAGCGAGUCUCUUGUGGGAGACGAUAGAGCAAUGUUUUCUAUGGCAAUUACUUCAUGCGCACGACAUCGCUUUGGAUACUGUUGUACCUUUACUACCUUACAUAGACAGUAAUAAACAUUCGGAGGCCUUGACGGCUGUUACGCUUAUGCUCAAACAAGAGCAACCUUCUGCCGAUAGUGUUAAAUAUUUAUUUUCAAGAGACGUUCGCGAGGACGAUAGUUUCCUUUUUACGAUAAUUAAGUAUUGGUGCGAGGACUACUUAGAUAAAAUUUGUGAACUCAUUUUCAAUUUACUUAGUACAAGGUAUCCGACGUCGCCAAAUAAAAGAAAACGUACGAGUAAUAAAAGUUUAAACACGACAGUGCCAAGCGCCGAUCAGGUGCUCGGACAUUUAGAUCAAAUUAGAAUUCGGUUCGAGGCUAAUGACAAUUUAACUUUUUUUAAUGUCGAUUCUUUACAUCGAGGACUUGUGUUAGCGCAAACCAACGGAAACGAAAGUCAAAGGAAACAGUUUAGUGAGUUGUUCGCGUUAGUUGAGGAAGAGGAUACCACGGUUAGUAAGAGCAGAUCGCAAGGUAGAGGUAGAAAAGGCACGACGAAAGGAAAACGGCCGCCGACCAAAGAUAUUUCGGACACUUCGGAUGAAAGUAGCGAGGAAGAAGAAAUUGUAAAACCGAAACAAGCUAAAAAAAGGAAAAAGGUAAUGUCUGAUAGUGAUUGACGGAAGCAAGUAAAUUUAAACGACUUUCUAUGGGGCUUUGUUUAUUAUCACAAGAACAGAGUGCCCAAUUUGUUGAUCAAUUUAUUAAGUGGCUAGUGAUAUGAAAAAGAUGUUUUAUACUUCCCGAAUCAUUUAGACACCGAUAACUCAUUAAUUUAUUAGGUGAACACUGCCUAUCUAAAAGUCCAUUAUUUCUAUGCGAUUAUUAGUUAAAAUAUUCAGGUACCAAAUUUUUAGCUAUAUGCAAAAUUGCUUUUUUUUUCUUUUGAAGAUGCUUGUAUUAUAUUGUAUUUUAAAUGUUAUUUGUGUAAUUAAUUACUGUAAAAAUUUGAACUGUAUCCUCUAUUUAUACCUGUACAUAUUUGUUAUUGUUAGAUUUCAUUUGUUAGAUUUGAGGAUUUUACAAGUACAUUAAUAAAUACUAUGCGUAUUGUAAAUUACCAUAACAUUUUACAACAAUAAGGAAAAUUUGUAAAUAGCAUAUUUGUAAAUAUAUUUAUAAAUUCUGUCA